GGUCGGGUAGGGGGUUAAUAAUGUGUAGUAGGUACACACACUUAGAUUUAUUUGUCACCAUCAUUCUCAUCUCGUCGUUGGCUAACGGCUAAAAAGUCCCACUAUCAUUAUUUUCUCGUACGAGUCGAGCGAGCGAGAGGAGGACCCCAACCUCUCCUUCUCAUUCCCAAUCGUAAACUCGAGCGCUACGUAUCGCUCGCCUGUAAAUUCACGCGCGCGCGUUUUCAAAAUCGGAACGGCGACACUAAAAAGAAAGUGGAACGUCGCGUGUAGAAAGAAAAAACAAAAAAAAUGAGUGAAACUAUCUCCUAAGGUGGAGAUAGAUAAUUAGUGCCUUAUUAAGUGUGUAGUUUAAGCAUGUUGUUGGCGACUCCUUUUAUGCCCUUUGAUAGUGCGCCCGCAAGUGGCGGACCUCCGAGGGUCAUUUCGGAGAUACGAAAACAAAAUCCCAUCGUGAACAGGGAGAGGCGGGAGCAAAUUCGGCCGAGAAUAAGCGGAGAAUUACUCGUCAUCUGCGCUAAUGAGAAGAGAUGGUGGCCGCGGAGAGUGAUGGUACGCGGUGGACAAUUGCUAAUAGGCAGCGCACCUGGUGAUCCGACAUCGUGUAGCUUACGGCUACCGCUAAGACACCUCAGCCUCGCCGCCGGACCGCUACCGAACAGUUUAUCACUGUACAAAGGACAAAAUAUUGCUCUUACCAUACAGACCGCAAGUGAGCGUGCGUUCGACUUAUGGGCAAAGACUAUAGCGAUCGAACUGAUAAGGCAGACACCCCUCGAGGCCGUCAGAUAUUUGGAUAUAUUAACGGUAGCGGGCUGUUGGAAUAAGAAAUAUAAUCAAGAAGACUGUACGCAAGACUGGAACUGUAACUAUAUAAAAAAUCAGGAUGUGCAAUCGUUGUACGCGAGCGAGAGGCAAAGGGCGAAGCCGCAGCCGCCCCCAAGUGACGAAAGAAGCAUAGAGGUGCUGCUGAAGAGAUGCCAAAAUGCGGACAACUACGUACCGGUCAAAGAAAAGUUGGUCCUUUUCGAAUCGCUGUGCCGGUUCGGUAGAAAAGUGCGCAGUACCGAAGACGUUUCCGUGAAGAUCAACGUGGAGGCCAAGCGGGCGGUUUCGAUGCACGACCUGUCCAACAGUUCUCUAACGGGCGUACGUCAAAUAUGUAAAUAUUUCGAAAAUAAGAGAGAGCCGCAGGAGGAAUUGGCAUCGACAUACGGUACAAUUCAUCGUGCUAGUAGAAGACUGAUUAACUUCAACACUCAGCUACGCGAUCGCAAUAUAGACCAAAGAACUGAUAAACAGAGUGAUAGUUGUGCGGUGUAGUUGUAGUUGACGUAAUUUAGAUGUAACCAAAGUUUAUUAGUUUUGUUAAUGUUCAGAUUAUAUAAGAUUAUCAUUUUUGUAAAGAGAUAAAAAAAGCAUUAUUCGUACUUAACUGCGUCUGUAGUUUAGUUUAAAUACUCACGCCCAUUUGAUUUGGUUGCGAACUAAUAAAUGCGAUUUAUUUUAUUAA